AAAAUGUUAGUGAUAUAAAUGAAGAUCUUGACGCACAAUUAAUGGCACACAUAACUGAUUAUCGAGAAAUGAGAGAUGCUUAUAAAAAUGACAUACAUGUGGUGAAAACGUGUGACAGAUCUUCAUUUCGCAUUUUUUCUUUCGAUUUUGCCCAAAACUUAGAAUUGCCUCAUGAUCCUCAACAACCUGGAAAAUGGUACUAUUUAUCAUUGUUAAAAGCACACCAGUUCGGGUUAGUAGAUGAAGGCAUCGACAGUCACUGGCACGUUAUCUACACGGAAGGCAAAGCACUAAAAGGUGCAAAUGAAGUCGCCUCAAUUAUCCAUCUAUUUCUUACCUCUACAGCAGGUGAUGCAAAAAAAAUUCGAUUAUGGGCGGAUAAUUGUGGUGGCCAGAAUAAAAAUACUUGUCUUCUUUGGUAUUUCCUUUGGGCAUGUCAUACUCAGAUAUUUCAAGAAAUUGAAUAUCGUUUUCAAAUCAAGGGUCAUACUAGAAAUUCA